CGGUGAUUAUUGCGCGUGAUAAAAUGGACAGCGCAGCGCAGCCACUGAACCGCUGGCUGAAAACCGGAAUCUCCCGCAACAGUCAGUGCGGUGAAGAUCGCGAGAAUGGUUGCUAGUAGUGAGGUGACAGUUCUGGCGAGUGAAUCGAACGAUGACGGAGCCAAACUGUUGGCGAUUUUCAUUCUCGGAUUGGGCAGCUUGGUGUGCGGAUUGAUUCCCGUUUACUGGACCAAGCAGCAGAGCCGACCGACCCUGAUCACUGUGCUGCUUUGCUUCGGCGCGGGUGUUCUGCUGGCCACCGCUCUGGUUCAUAUGCUACCCGAGGUACGGCUGCUACUGCCAAAGUACGCGGAGGUGAUAUUCUGUGUCGGGUAUUUUCUGAUCUAUGCCGUGGACGAGUUUGUUCAUCUCUGCCCUAGUGGAGGAGCAGGAGUCAGCAGCGCGAUUGGAUGGGGAAGAUUGAACUGCUGCAGCGGAGAAUCCGUUUCGCUAAUUAACAGAAGCAACUCAAUAGCAGCGAGUCACACCGAAAUUGAAAAUGCGGAAGCUCCCACGGACAGUGGCUCGGAUACGCCCGGUCCAACUGGCACAUUCAGUCUUCUGUUGGCGCUCUGCGUCCAUUCGUUGCUAGAAGGAUUAGCAAUCGGCGUUCAGAACUCCUCAGCCAAAGUGCUGCUCCUGUUGGGAGCCGUCAGUGCCCACAAAUUUGUGGUUGCCUUCUGUCUGGGUGUAGAGGUGAGCUCUCACCAACUGCAGCAUGGCGGUCGCCGCCAGUCGAGCAUAGUGCAGAUUGUGAUCUUUUCGCUGGGGUCGGUUUGCGGUAUCGCCAUCGGGAUGGCACUGGACGGGCUAGAUGAUACCUUCAACCGCGUGGUGAUACCGGUGUUGCAGGCCGUAGCCGGCGGUACGCUACUCUACGUGACGGUCAGCGAGGUGCUACCGCGAGAGCGUGGCAAACGGAAACCCGGCGAAGUGGUGGGAUCCUGGCAAUUGCUUGCGGUGAUCGCUGGGUUCAUUGUGAUGACUUUCCUGAGUAUGGCUAUAUCGGAACAAUAGUGGGGUUUUUGUUGAAUAAAAAUUUGUUUUGUAGUAAAUUUUCAAAAAUGUUCCGUACACUGUAUAUUUAUUUUACAAAUCAUUUUUUUCUUUAUCGUACAUAUUUUAUUGACGUCACUAUCAGGACA